AUGCUGAACGACUUGUCCACACUCUGCAGGGCGAGACUGACCGCCUGGAGGGCUGAAAAACGCACCGCCAUUGCCGAGUCGGAGACACUGAAGAGGCAGGAGGAGCUUGCUCGUCUUGAAACUGAAUUGGAUGCCGAGAAGACGAUGAAUGCGAGCCUGCGGGAGGACAUGGAGAACAUCGCAGCAGAGUUGCAGAACAUCUGA